CAUAGCAGAGAGAUCGUAGAGAGAGAGAGAGAGAGAGAGAGAGAGUAAAAGGCAAAAAUGGGGGGAAGGAAUGGAGGUGAACAAGAACAGGUUCAUAGAAGAGUGGGGAUCAGCAAGAGAGAACCUUGAACACAACUUUCGCUGGACUCGCCGAAACUUUUUUCUCGUGGGCCUCUUCGGCAUCGCCAUUCCCGUCUUGGUCUACAAGGGCAUCGUCAGCGAAUUCCAUAAACAUGACGAGGAUGCAGGCAGACCAUACAAGAAGUUUAUUUGACUUGGCAGAGAAUGCUUUGCAUUUUAUGCGGUAGUAAAAUAAGGGUUUCAAUGGGAUCCUACAAUAUCAUAUCAGGAUAUGGAAAAUUUAUUCGCUUUUCUCUGUGUUACUCUGUGGCUUCUGAUGUUAGGGCAGUUUGCUACUUUGAAUUACAUUUUACAUUUUGUCAUUAAGUAAUACAACUUCAAAGAGCAUGUAGUAAUACAGGGUAUGUGAGGUUUCUUUGAAAGAAAUAGAAACUUAUUGAGUGAAAAAGAAUACAUUUCUUCCUGGAUAGAAGGAAUUAACGAAGCAGGUCCUUCCUUUUCAUAA